AUGAGCGGAUCUCAAGAAGAAUAAUUAAAAGCUUUUUAUGAUCAGCUCGAUAGAUUUAAUAGUUUUUGGAUUAAGAAGAGGAUCUUUUCAAGAUGGAAAGAGCAUUUUGUUGAUACAAAACAACGUAUAUAAAAAAUAAUAAAAUCAAUGGAUUUAAAUGAGUAAUGGAUUUUAAGGUAUCACUUAUAAAGCUGGAAGAAAUUUGUUUUAAUUUAGCACUAAAAAAGAGCCACAAAAUUAAGAAAAAUUUAAUUAGCUAAGAGAGUAAUCAACCGUUGGAGAAACUACAUUGCAAGGAAUAAGUACUUGACACUUUUUAAAUAUUUUAACUUGAUGAGAAAAGAUUAUGUAGAAAAUAAAAUAAAGAAAGUUAUUAUGGAAAAGAAAAAUUAUAAGAUAUUAAAGGGAUACUUCUAGCUCAUGAAAGACUAUAGUAUUCAUAGCUUUUAAAAAGAAAUUAACAUGCAUGAAAAAUGCUUACUUUUGUAUAAAAGGAAUCUUAAAAAAAAAUAUUUUAAUUCUCUGAAGCUUAGUGCCAAGAUUAAAAGAGAUGUAGAAUACAUGAGAUCUACUGCUUUAGAGUCAAGGAGAUUUUACAUCUUUAAGGCAUUUUUUUAGCCAUGGAAAGAAAUCACUCAAAAAAGGAAAAUUAAUAGAUGCUGUUUUUUAAUUUUAUAGCAGCAACAAAAUUUAAAACGUAAAUAGUAGAUAUUCUAUACAUGGAUACACUCAUCAAUUAAAAACUACCAAGUUAGAGUAUUUUCUGAAAAGAACUUGAUGUUUAAAUAUUUCAAGAUAUUACAAUCAUGGUAUCUUAAGCAAUCAAAAAAGAAAUAUUAAUUGCAAUACUUUACAAAUAAAAAAGUAAAUGGUUUAAAAAAACUAAUUUUGUUAGAGUGGUUUUAAUAUGCGAAUAGGAAAGUUACAAGAGAGAAAAAAUGUGAAGCAUAUUUGUUAAAAAAAUAAAUCAUGCUUUUAGAAAAGAGUUUUCAGGCAUUUAAGUCAGUUUGUGAUAAAUAAAUAAGAAAGGAAAAGCUUAUCUACCUUUCGAUGAAACACUAUUAGAUUACUACUCUUAAAAAAUAUUUUGAAAGCUGGGCACUAUAUUUAGAUUAAAAUCAGAGAUAGUAUCUAAAUAAGCUCGAAGCUUAUAGGCAUAGUGAAAAAAUGCUGUAAAGACUUUACUUCAAAACUUUCAAAAUUCUAUUGCAAAAAAAAAAGUUUUUAAGAGAUGUAGAAGCUUAAAUUGAGUUAAGAAAAAUAUAAAGAGAUAGAUAGUCAAUUUUCUAAUUUAUGAAGUCCUAAAUGUAGCAAAACUAUUUAAUUCAAAAAAAGGUAUUAGAAAGAUAUUAAUACAAAAAGCUAAGUUCUACGUUUUAAGAGUUAAUUAGCUAUUCAAAAAAAUAAAAACAAAAAAAGAUAAUCAUAAAAUAAAAUAUAAUGAAACUGAAUUUUAGGCUAAUUCAAAAAACUUUCAGUUCUUGGGCUUUUAGAUCAAAUUAAAAUAAAUUACCUAGGUAUUAAAAAUUAAAUGCUUAAUUAUUCAAACAAACUAAAUAAUAUUCUAAAUUCUUUUAGCUUUUAAAGAAAAAAUGGAUAAGAAGUAAAAUUGGAAAGUUUAUUUAGCAAAAAAAAUAAAGUAAAUUAUAAGAAAGUGCCUUUCAUCUUUGGAGAUAUCUUAAAAUUUAGGAAGAAAGAAUAAACAGUAAUUUGAUACAAUCAAUCAUUAAUAAGUCUUAUAAAAUGUUUUUCAUUCUAAAAGAGUAUGCUAUUAAAAAAAAGAAAUAAAGAGAAAUUAUAAAUUUUACUAAGUAAAAGAGAAAUUAUAGGAUUUAAAAACUAGGAUGGAGUGUUUGGAAAUUCUUUUUAAGAUUGAAAGAUGAAAAGAAUAUGUAUAAGAUGAGUCUUCUCAGAUAUGCUUUAUCGAAGAAGGCAAAAAAAAUGUUAGAGGCUUGGGGAAGCCAUGUUUCUAAAAGAAAGAAUUUAAAUGAAUUAUCAUUAAAAGUGUAGUUAAACUAGUAAAAAUGGAGGAAAAUGAUGCUAUUACGCAUAUUAAAAGAAGGAGCCAAAGGACAACUGGAUUUUAUUAAUUUCAUAAAGCAGUAUAGGAUGAAAAAUAAUCUAAAAACUCAAAGAAAAGCAUUUUAAAUCUUAACUUAAUAUGCUGAGAAAAAAAAUAUAAUAAAGAGGAUAAUUCAAUCUAAUAGAGAAGCUAUUUAAUAUAGAUAAUUGCAAAAUAUUUUGGUAGAAUGGUAAUACUACAUAUAAAGAAAAAAGAGAGAUCAACUAAAAUUAGAGGAACACAUUUCAUUUAAGUAAUGUGUAUAAAUAUCGAAAGUUAUUAAAUACUGGAGGAGAUUAACUAAGGUUUUAGCCAAAGAAAAUAAUAAAAUAGCUAUUAUAUAAAAUAAUACUAAAAAGAAGAUGGAAUUCAGUUACUUUUAUUAGUGGUGCGAAGUAUAUCAAGAAAAAAGAUUUAGAGAAUAGACUGAUAAAAUGCAGUAGUUUUUAGAAAAAAGAGUAGCUUUUAAUUUAGUUAUGAGAGCUUUAAGAAGAUAGGUAGAUUAAAAGAAUUAGAAAAUAAAUACAGAUGCUUUUGCUAUAAAUCACUAUAUAUAAAAUACUUAUAAAAAGAUUUUUGAAUCUUUGUAGUAUUUUAAGUAAGAAUCUAAAAGGAAGAAAGGAUUAGAAAUCAUGUCUAAUCUUUUGGCAAAAGCUAUUUCAUUUAAAAGAGUUGUCAAAAAAUUUAAAGUAGCUAAAAAUUAUUCUUACCACAGAAAGCAUUGCUUUAAAUACUACAUAACUAAACUUUACCAUAAAUGCUUUUAUAUAUUAAAAUAAUAUUAAUCAUUCAGAGAAAACUAGAGGAAAUUGGCCCUAAAAUAAUUUUAAUCUCUUUAACUUUAAAAGUUAUAAAAGUGCUUUUAGUAUUUAAAAAGAAACGUUGAUAUUUAGAUGAACCAGAGAAUUUUCAAAAAGAAAUUUGAGAAGAAAAAAACUCUAAGAUUAAAAAAGCUAUCUAUGCUCAUUUGGAAAGAUUAUUACAUCAGAAAGAGAUUUAUAAAUACUAAGAUAAGAGAAUUUAGAGAGAAUACAAAUUAAAAAAUGCUUAGAUAAGCAUUUAUAGAGCUUCAUAGCUAUCGUUUGAAUAAAACAUAUAUGAAAAAGUGUAAACAAACAGCUGAACUUUUUAAUAUUAACAGAAUUAAAAAAGGAUAUUUUAAUUCAUGGAAAAUUACUUGUGAUGAAGAAAAGUAUAAAAUAAGACAAAGCAACUUAGCAUUUAGACAUUAUUCUUUUAAUGUUCUUGUAAAGUCACUUCGCUAAUGGAUAAGAUAUAUUCAAAGAGAAAAAAUAGAAAACAAUUAAACUUACAAUGGAGUUGCUCUUCGCUCAAUUAAAUUAAAAUAAUAUGCAUUUUAAUAACUUAAAAAGAAUUAUACGUUAUAAACUAAAAGUAAAAUAGCAAAAGCAAAUCACAAUGUUUUAACAAAGGCUGUUUUUCUUAGAAAGUGGAAAAGAGUUACUAUUAAAAAUAAAUUAAGUAAACCAGCCAUAUAGACAAUAAACAACCAUUUAAGCAUUGCUAUUAAAAGGGUAUGCUUUGAUAAAAUUAGAUAAAGAAGCUAAAAAGGAGAUAUCUUAUAAAAAAUAGCUAGAAUUUAUAAUCAUAAUCUCAACUAUAAUGUCUUGAAGGCAUUUUUAGUAAAUAUGCUUCUGCAAAGAAGAAUAGAAAUAUAUUAAUUGCGUAGAAAUUUCCAGACAACAAAAAUAGUUUUUAGCAUACUGAAGUAAUAUGCUGAAAUUAAAAAGAAAAGAGUGUAAAAAGUAGUUCAUACACUACAAAAUAUUCAUGGAAUGAUUUAAUACAACUUAGCUUAAAAAGUAUUUUAUGCUUUAAAGUAAUACCAUUACAUGAAAGUUCUUAAGCGCAAUACUCUAAUCCGUUAUAUGAAUUAGCUAAAACUAAAAACUUUUCUUUCAUUUCGCAAAUAUGUACUAGAAGUUCAUGAAUAAGGUCCAAAUGAAAGUAGAAUAGCUGCCGUCCAUAUUUGA